AUUCAUGGUAGAAUUAAUGUAACUUUCUUCCCCGCCCUAGGUAGCAGAACCCAGACUUCUGGACCGACUUCGCAAAAUGGCGAGGGUCGCGAGUGGACGCGCGUUUGACAUUGAGAAUGUUGACCCUGCGACCGGUCUGCUGAGUACGCUUCGGAACUCCACGAACGGCGCCCCCCAGUUGAAGAAGGCCUCGGCGACCGUCGAUGCUCGGGCGCCCUUCUCGGAGCUUACGGGGCUGUUCCAGGGUCAAAGCCAGGAGGCGCCCCUUGCGCAGGCUCCGCUUGUCUUCCCGGCGCCGGCCGCGGCUACGAAGGACAAGGCGUCGUCGAGCCUCUUCGGCUGCUCCCUGAACGGCACCUGGGCGCCUGUCGAGUCCGCGCCGUCAGCCUCGACUUCUUACCUGCGCAAGAUGCGCUAACCCGCAGACCAACUAUUUAGGCCGUGCGUCAGGGGGCGCAAACCCCCACCUUGGGCGCCUGAACUCCGGCACAUGCCUGUAGGGCCGUGCUCUACCGGCCGCAAGCUGCUAGGUUGCCUGGGGUGGCGCACGGGACACUAUGGUUGCGGUUGGCAUACAGGAACGCCACUGCGUGUCAAGGCCCCCGGGAUAGGGUUUGGUGGGUAACGCGGCUUGAUGGCCGUGCGUGCACCAUUUAUUCGGGUUCAGUUGGCCGUAGCCAGGCGUCAGUUGAUACGUCCGUUAGAGAUUACAGAUGCCGCCGCUGGACGAUGAUAGUGUCAUAGACAGUUAUCGGUUGUUCGCGUACUUCGCAUCAGUGACACUGUCCUUUUCUCGAACCAGAUGCCGUGGUGCCCCACUCAUGCCGGUGCGACCAGUACUUUUGUGUCCCAAACAUGGGCGCACCGCUGGUGCAACCCAUAACCAUACUUCCAUGUCCAAUGCCCCCGAUGUGGGCCAAUUCGAUGCUGCGAACCUGCAUUCGAAGUUUGGAGUAAUGCGUGCCAUGCCCGCAACUGAUUGGGGGCUUUGAUGUUACCAGGUGUUGCGCGGGUGUUUUGGCAACACGUGACGUAUUCGAUACAUUCGAUGUUUAUGUACAGGCUGGAGAAGGUCCCUAGGACUUCAUGAUAUGAUGGGGCCACGACGCCAUGUGCUGUUCCGGGCAUACCCGCACGCCGCAAGCGGCGGCCAAAUAAAUCCAUAAAGUUCCAUAACACUGUGCCCAAUCCAAGGCCCAACCCACAUAAGAAGGGGGCUGUUGGCCAGUAGUGCCGUGUGUACAUUCACGUUGUAACAUCCUGCCAAA